AUACCUUAGUAUAGCCUGGCGAAUGCUCGCCACGGCAAGUAUCGCCAGGCCAACGAUUCAGUUUAGGGGUGCGCCUAUAGAUGUUUCACAUCAAAAAAGUGUUUCUGUGCUCAUUUGCAGACUUUGUUAAUUAACUCACGUGAUUGAUGUCACAUAAUCGAUAGAAAAAAAAUCUACAGUAGUUUUAUUUGUUUGCCAGCAGAGCGAGUUCCCCUAGUCAUCAUGAGCAGCUGCCAAACACCUCUUUUUGUUUAUUCGAUCGAUUGUUAACAUUAGAAUCAAUUUUUUAUCGUCUCACAACAGUGUUAUUUCCCAUGAACAAACAUGAUUUCCACGAGAUACGCCUCUUUUAUAUCGGGAAUGGUGAUAGCCUCGUUGACAUGGGCAUUUAGUUUGUAUUUGUACUCGAAACUUUCACAAAAUCCUAACAUUAAUCCCACAAUGCUGAUAUCGAAGUACGGGAACACCCAGGACGAGUCACUACUCAACCGAAAGAUAUUAUUGAAUAAUGGCUUUGACGGAGGGAAGAAAAACAGUGAUAAACUGAUUAAGCAAUUGCAACCGGUCCCGGUGAGACCAGCUGUGACACUGGGCGACGGUCUGGACGAGCUGGGCCUCGUGCACACUCCCGAGGAGGCCCGCAAACGUGACGAGGGUUACCAAAAAUACGCCUUCAACGUCCUCGUCUCCGACGCCCUGGGUCCCCACCGCGUUACCCCAAUCCCAGACACCCGAAACAAGCUCUGCACCUCCCAAAGUUACCCACCCAUCCUCCCCACUGCCAGCAUCAUCAUCUGCUUCUACAACGAGCACUUCAUGACCCUCCUCCGUUCCCUGCACUCCGUGAUUUCCCGCACCCCAGGCUCCCUCCUCCACGAGAUAAUCCUCAUCAACGACUUUAGUGACAGCGAUCAGCUCCAUGAGGACAUCCAGAGCUACGUUGAGAAGACCCUGAAGCAGGUGAAGUACUUCAGAACCGAGAGACGAGAGGGUCUCAUUCGGGCGAGGAUAUUCGGGGCCAGUAAAGCCUCCGGUGACGUCCUGAUAUUCCUCGACUCUCACAUUGAAGUCAACGAAAUGUGGAUAGAGCCCCUGCUCGCCAGGAUUUCCACGUCCAGGACGAUUGUCCCCAUGCCAGUGAUCGAUAUAAUAAAUUCCGAUACCUUCCAGUACUCGGGGAGUCCUCUAGUCAGGGGUGGCUUCAACUGGGGGCUCCACUUCAAGUGGGAGAACCUCCCCGUGAACACCCUGGUCGAUCCAGAGGACUUUAUCAAGCCCAUCAAGUCGCCGACGAUGGCUGGGGGACUGUUCGCCAUCGACAGGAGGUAUUUUCACGAACUGGGGGAAUACGACCCUGGGAUGGAUGUCUGGGGCGGUGAGAACCUCGAGAUCUCCUUCAGGAUAUGGACGUGCGGGGGGAGCAUCGAGCUCAUACCCUGCUCCAGGGUGGGACACGUUUUCAGGAGGAGGAGACCCUAUGGAAACGAUCGCGUGCAGGAUACGAUGCUGAAGAAUUCGUUGAGGGUUGCACAUGUCUGGAUGGACAAGUACAAGCAGUACUAUCUGAGGGGAGUGGAGAAGAUCGACUAUGGGGAUGUUUCCGAGAGGGUCAAGCUCAGGGAGAGACUCAAGUGCAAGGACUUUGCUUGGUAUCUUGAGACUGUUUAUCCGGAGUUGGCGCUGCCUGACGAUGAUGAGACGAAUUUAAAGAAGAAGUGGGCGAAGGUGCACCAGCCACCAAUGCAGCCCUGGCACACCAGGAAGCGAAACUAUACCGAUCAAUUCAUGAUUCGUCUGUCGAACUCGGCGCUCUGUAUCCAGAGCGAAAAGGAUAUCAAAACCAAGGGCUCCAUGUUGGUGCUGGCUCCUUGUUUGCGUGUAAAAUCGCAAAUGUGGUACGAAACCGAUAGGAACGAGCUCGUUCUUGGGCAGAUGCUGUGCCUGGAUGGGAGUGGGAAGAGACCAAAGCUGGGGAAGUGCCACGAGAUGGGAGGGGACCAGGAGUGGAAGCAUAAGGGCACCAGUGGCACGCCGAUUUAUAAUUUGGCUGCUGGGACUUGUCUCGCGGUGGAGAAGGGGGAAAAAUCCUAUGUUGUUAUGGAUCUGUGCACUAAGAACGAUCGGACAUCCAUCAGCUGGGAUCUGGUGAGGUCCAAGAUCCCCGCGAAGGAGGUCAGAUGACCGAAACUUAAGCGAGGUAGGACCAGGGGCAAGCACAUGGAGAACUGGAUUUGAUUACGUUGAUGAGAUUUAAAUUGGAGGGAUGGGGUUAAGGGAACUCACACGUUAUUAAAAUGAGAUAAGAAAUUUGUUUGGAAUACAAAGUGGAUGAGAUUAGAUAGGAUGAGAUGGAACAGAUAUUCCAGUGAUGAAGUGGAAGAUGAGGAAUCCACACGUGUGGAAAUACUGUAUAAAAAGUUACAGAAUCGUAUCUUUUCAUACGAUUCAUUCAGCUGAAAUUUUUCUAUAGAAAUUCUUCACUCUGAAUUAUCAGAGCUUUUAAAAUUAGGAUCUAAUUGUACUACUACGAUGCUGUCAUCCUCGUAUAGAUUUGUGAUAUUCUGAAUGUGGGUGGCUCAUUACGAGAUUUCUGUUGCAAUUUCGCCAUGACGAAUGAAAUUCUACUGAUGUAAAGUACUCAUAGUUUUUUAUCAAUUUUUAAAUUAUGAUUGAGAUAUAAAAUUGUUUUAAUGAAUGUUAAAUGUUUCAAUGACGUAAAUAAAGAGAUAAUUCGUUAAUUGAA